AUGGAUUCUGAUGAGGAUACUAAAGAUGGGAUUAUUGUCCAUCCUGAUGAUCCUGUUCCAUGGUUUCCCAGUCAGGAGGAGGAUCAGUCUCUAGAAUCUGAUCACCCAGACAAACCAGCACGAUUAAAACGAAGGAAGAGGUGUGGUCAAUGUGGACCGUGUCAGAUUCGUACUAAUUGUGGUGAAUGUAGUAAUUGUUUACGGAGAAGUGUACUCAAACAAUCUUGUAUUUAUAGAAAAUGUAUCUAUUUACGUAAACCUGUAUCUGGAUCUUCUAAAACUCCUCCGAGACGUGCUAAUGGAACUUAUUUUAUGUCUUCAUCUUGUGAUGAUGAUUUGGAUUCUUCCUAUGAAUUGAUGUCGCCCCCUAGAAUUGAUAUAAAUGGGUUCUCGGUGGGGGAAACGGCUAACGGAGAUGAUACAGAAAUAUUGAUUGAAGAUUAUACACCAACGCCAUCUAUCAUCAUUGGAGGAUUUGAUGACGACCCUCAGGAUUCUCAACCAUCCUCUCCAAUCAGAAUUUCAAUGUAUCCUGAAAGUUUGUCACAAUCUUCAUCAAUUUCAACUGAAACCAGAAUGACAACACCACCCCAUCCUAUGGAUUGUGAAGAUGAUGCUUCGUGUGUUAAUCCCAGACAAUUUAACGCCUUAAAAGCAAUCAAGGAGGCGGAGUCAUCUAGUGCUCGGACUGAAACACCUGAAAAUAUGCCUAAUGUGACCAGCGUAAAGGAUGUGUUUAAAACAACUUGUGAGCCUUAUUCAUUGGAUGUUGUCCAGAACGGAAUGAAAACAAUCAGUGAACAAGAUGCAAUGGAAAGUGUUCAUGGAACAUCAACUGAAAAUUCUUCUUAUAUUCAAAGUGCUUUUGAAAAGGACCAAUUAUUGUUGAAAUCAUGUUUAAGACAGAGACCAACUAGAUUAAGUGAAUCUUAUAGUGUAAUUUCUCAACAAUUAUCAAGAGAAACGCCUGUAAACAGUGAUGUGAACAGUGAUGUGAACAGUGAGGUGAACACUCAAUUAAAACCUAAUAAUCAAACUGACACUGUCUCUGGAGCAGAUUCAAAUGAAAAUAUCACAGGAUCUGUUCGCCUCCCAGUUCUUCAGCCUGCUCAGGUUCCUCAACAGCAUCUUCCCAAUCAUCCAUCCUCAGAAAGCCAAACUCAUCAUGAACAGACAGCUUUUCACAAUUUUCAUGUCCACAAACCUCAGUCGAUAAGUGCCACAUAUGAUGAGGCUCAUCGCCAAUUUUUCAGUCCACCCAAUGUGACAGUUACAGGUCAUGGUGGGUUCGCUUCACCAAACUCUACCCAUGAAUCUUCUGGAUCACAAAAUCAUAAAGGACCACCAACUUCUUAUGGUUCCCAUGAUUAUGACCAGUAUUCAGGAGGUGCUCACCCAGCCUGGUAUCCCGGUAUAUCAAUUCACCCGCAUGCUUACCCACAAUUUAACAUGCCACGUGGAAUGUACCCACCACAUUAUGCCUAUGAUCCAAUGGUUUUUCCAAUUCAUCCAACUCAAAAUCCUUUCCAUAGAUUUGGAUCACAUCCAAUAAAUCCGGUCAUUCUUCCUAGAAUGGUUCCACCAAGAUUUUAUCCAUACAGACGCCAUCCUGGUGAACAUCAAUAUCAUUCUAACUCUCCAGCAUCAGAUCCUGACUUUUCAAAGCAUCCAGAUUUCCGAAAAAGUUCCAGUUCUGUUUCAAGGCCGAAUUCUGGCAAUGGUCAGACGUAUGAUCUGACAUCAGUCAGGGAAGAAAUCGAGCAAUACAAGAAACAUAGUGUGUUCAGACUCAGAGCAAACUCUUUGGAAAAACCAGGAUCUCCUAUUGAGAAGACAGGGGAAAGGAGACUAAACCGAGUGCCAACACCCGAGGUGGCUUCAGAAUCAGAUGUGUCUGAAAUGGGAAGAAACUCUGAGCUAUCAUCCAUUCCUAAAAAUAGAAACAAUGCUCUGAGACAACUGUUGAGUCAUACUUCAACAAUGCAUGGAGAAAGUCAUGGGAAUUCAGUGGUAGACGAUGAUCUUCAAAAUGAAAUGCGUAAAAUUCAACACAAUUCUUGUAAUGUUGGCAUUAUAGAUGAAUUGAGAAUGCCAAGCUUAGUUCGUGGAGAUGCUAUUAAUAUUGAAAGUUCCAGUCCAAAUUCUUCAAAUUCAAGUGAAUCUGUUUCAUUUUCUCCUUUGCUGGUGGAAAAUUGUUUGAAAAAUCAGUCAUCUAUAGUGUUCUGUAGUGAACAGGCCCCUAAAUCAGUGAAAAUCCAAGGAAAUGUUUGUAUUAAACAAGAUUUAGGGGAUGAAGGAAUUGUGAUGCUGGAAUUUCAGGGAUAUAAAGUUGACUUAGUGCAAUGUGUUUUAGAUGAUGACAUUCUGAAACUGUCUAAUAAUCCACAGGAAUUGAAAGAGUACAUUACAAAAUCUCAAUCAAUAAAUAAAACAAUAUCGAAUCCUACAGAGUUGCCUGUACAAAGUUACCGAACUAUGACUGAACCUGCUGUACCAAAUCCUGUACAGUUUCCUAUAAAAAAUAACCAAACAGUGACUGAGGCCCUAAAUUUAAAUCGUGAGAACUUUCCUCCAUGUGAAGUUGAGGAUACAUCUAAAGGUGUUCUAGCACUGGUCGAUAUCUGUUCUUCACUAGACCGUCAGCCACCCCAGCUUCAAAAGUUAGGAGAAAUAGUUGCUGAAAAGAGUGAAAAUCCCACCCCACCAGCGUCUGAAUCAAAUAACAAAGAAACAGAAGGGUGGAAACAAUCUUAUUUAAAAAUAUUUUCUAUUCGGCAGCAAGGGACUGAAAAUACAAAACAUUUAGCAAACUCAAAAAAAAAUCAGGUUGUUCCUGCAGCCAAAUCUAUUUUAAAUUGUUCCUCUACAUCUGAUUGUAGGUCUGAGAAAUGGACAAAUUUUAUUCGGUACCAAAAUAUUUCCGUUACGCCUAUUGUUGAAGCAGGACAUGAAAAUAUUAACAAGUCUGAUAACUCUCAGAUUUCAGAUCAAAAUAUUUUUAACUCUAAUCUUUCUAGUGUGGAGAGUUCUGAAACAGAAGAAGCUAAGACAUUGAAUUCUGAAUCUGGUUCUAAUCCUCUCAAACGAACACUGGGAGAGAUAGAAUGUCAAAAUUCAGAUUCAAAAAGACUCAAAGCAGAAAAUAAUUUACAGAAAGAAAACGGAAAUGAAAAAAUGAGUGUCAAGUCCAACACGAUUGUUCGUAAUUUAACGAAAUUUGUAGAAAAUACAAUCGUCUCUUAUACUAACGAGGAAGCGCCAGUGAUUGUUUCUCAAUGUGACUCUAUACUUAUGUCUGAGGACUAUCAAACGGAAAAGGUAUCUGCUAGGCUGAUGUGCAAUGAAAAUAAAAUAGUGUCAUCUGAUCAAGAACAUGAAUUUUUAUCAGAAAAAACUAUCGUAGAACUGAAAAAGAAAAUAUUAAAUAGAAAUUCCUGA